CUGCGGUGGCGGGCGGCGGGCGCCAGUGACGUCGUGGCAGGCGGAAGCGCGGCUGAGGGGAGAGAAAGAGACGCCCGCGGGGCGGCGGGGAAGCCCGCCUGGCGCCGCCGAUGUCCCCACAGCCGCCCAUGGAGGCGAUGGAGGCGCCGCUCAACCUGGCGCAUCAGCAGAGCAGAAAAGCUGACCAUUUGCUGGCUGCGGGGAAGUACGAAGAAGCCAUUUCCUGUCACCGAAAGGCAGCAGCAUAUCUUCUGGAAGCUAUGAAGUUGACUCAAUCAGAUCAGGCCCAGUUAUCCCUGGAAUUGCAAAGGGAGAGUCACCUGAAACAGAUCCCCCUUAUCCAAGAGCGAUGGAAAAGAACGAAGAGGGACGAAAGGUUGAAAGCACGCCCUCUUGUGGACAAAGAGAGCGUGGCCCAUCUGCACAGCUCUUCUAAGCCCACCGCGGAGGAACCCGAGGACCAACAUGGAAGGCCUGCCAGCCUCAAGUACAGGCCCUCCUUGGAGAAGGAGAUGAAGGGCUUCCAUGGGGUCUUGGACAGGGAUCCGGACACGCUGCUCUUUCUGCUUCAGAAGAGGAAGGAGCCUCCCCUGGACGCCUGCGUGAAGAGCAGACCCCCAAAGGAUGACAAGAUGAAAAUGGAAGAGCAGGCCACCAAAAUCGCAGUCCUCGAACAGCACGUGGAGAUGCUGUUUGCUGAAAACGAGAGACUGAGACGGGAGAACCGGCAGUUAAAAGCAGAGAGAGCCAAGCUGCUGAAAUCACCCCUGGAAAAGGAGCUGGAUGCAGAUGCUGAUUUUGUGGAGAAAUCAGAGCUGUGGGGCCUCCAGCAGCUUUCGGAACCUGCCGCCGCCGCAGCCACCACCCCCUGGCAGAAACUGGCGGUCAGUGCCGGGAAGGGCAAGGACAUUCCCAUCCCCAGCCUCCCCCCCUUGGACAUUCCCUCUCCGGAGUUUCCACUGGUGGAGCUCUCCGAAGAUCUCCUGAAGGGGUUCAUGAACAACUAAGGGAGGAGGACCGCUGGGGAUGGGGGUGUGGAUUCCCCCUCCACUUUGGGGAGGGGAUGCUGCUGCGACAUCCGUAACAAGGGAAGAAACCCUCGUGACUUGGUCACUUAAAAAAAAAUGCUUGAUGUUAUGAAUUGGUGAAGCAAAGGCACUAUCAUUUACCAUCGUUGGUAAAAGCUAAGCCCUCUUUGUUCUUGUUUCAAGCCAAAGGACUGAAGGAGGGAGUCAUGAGCCACAAAGUCCUGCAGGGCUCUCUCCAGUAUUCUUUGGAUAUAAAAGGAUCUCUUAUGCCAUAAAAUACAAUAAAUCCUAUGUGGCACACGGUAACAAUUUUGGCAGAGCAAGACACUUUCUAUCAUGCGUUGGAUUGCCGUGUCUUUUAAUCAUGCACAGACGCUAGUAAACAAUUCUUGUUUCCCUCCCUUCGUAGGAUGGAUCUGUGUGCCACACUUUGCAUCCCUAGCUUAAUGUGUAACGUCAGCCAAUUGGGAGUAAAAAAGCUAAAUUUCCAGAUAUUUUUUAAGGACCCAAAUUUAGUUUUGCUGAAAUAUUUUGAUUCGUUUACAUAAUCAGGGUGCUUUAUAAUGCGUUUUCUGUAUAUGAAACAAGCAUUGUUCUAAACAAAUAGAUAAUAAUUGUUGGUGCAUGAUAGGAAGGCAUAGUUGUCAAAGAAUAAAAUAUUCCAGGUCUAUCUCAAAUCAUGUAUUUGUUCUUUUUAACAUGCAAGUAUUGCGUUUUGGAAUGCCAAUGCUGAAUACAACAGUAGCCUGCUUUAUGCAGUAGGAUGUUUGAAAGUUUUAGCAGACAUCAUUUUGAUCAAAAUCUUGUUUGAUCUCUAUUAUUCCAAAGAUGACAAGGAUUGAAUCAGGCACCCGUUAAAAGUUCUCCAGACCAGGAUUUUAUUCUGAAUAUCAGGUCAUUGAAGCAGGUGAAAUGCUCCCGGUUCGGACCGGAUCGCCUAAUCCGGUAGCGAUGGCGGUGGGUGGUUUAGAGAACCAGUAGCAAAAAUCCCUGCACACCCCGCCCAGCUGAUCCGGGCGAUCAUCAAAGGUUUUUUUUUUUUACUUUUAAAAGCAUUUUUCUUCAGCCGAAAACAUACUUUUAAAAGUAAAAAAAAAAGCCUCUGAUGAUCACGUGGCUCAGCUGGGAUCAUCAGAGGCUUUUAAAAGCAUUUUUUUAUAACCUCUUCGGCUGAAGCUGUUUUAGAAAAAAUGCUUCUAAAAGUAAAAAAAAAAAAAAAGUUGGCCACGCCAACCCAGUCAUAUUACCCCACCACCACCAAGCCACGCCCAAAGAACCAGUAGUAACAAAUUUUACAUUUCACCCCUGCAUUGAAGUCUCCUUUCUCAGUAUUAUUUGUCAAUUGAUCUGGAUUUUGUCCUUCAGUUUUCCCCAUAGCAUCAACCCCAACAGAUCCAGCAAGUAGAGAAAUUAUUGCAUCCAAAUCAUCCAGUAAAUUGUUACAAACUCCCUCUUCUAGUUCAACACCAAAUUAUUUUCUGGGUAAAAAACUUAUAGCCCAGCAGAGAAAGUGUACUUUU